CCACCUCCUGUGCCAUUCCAUCCUCCCCUCCCCACCGAAGCCAACGACCAAACGAACCCUAGACUCCGAGCGCACGAGGAGAGAGAGAGGGAGAUCUCCAAGGUCGCGGCCAUGGCGAUGCGUGCGCUGUACAACGAGAUCCGCGCGAUGAAGGUGCGCGAGGUGCCGGCGUACCUCAAGCCGCGCCUCACCUGGGCGAACGUGAAGAAGAGCACCGACCAGGCGGUGGACCGCUACAUCGAGAAGUACAUCGAGACCAGCUCGGCUGACCCGCUCUUCCACAUCUGCUUCGGCGGCAUGGCCUUCUCGUACCUCGUGGGCCUGCCCCAGGAGCGCCGCCACCUCGAGCACCUCGAGAAGCACGGCGGCCACUAGAUCCGGAUCCGCCUCGCGCAGGAGAGCUUAUCUACGGUUGAUUCAGGAUGGUGUUCUCCAUUUUUCUUCCACUGAUGGGCUACCUGGAGUUGAUGUCUAUUUGAUGGCUGGUUUAUUUUGUGUCGGAAGGCAGCAACGGACUGUCUAGUCCACUGUUAUGUUCCUCCGUGUCCUGUCAUAAGCAACUUCAAACUGGAAGUGCAUGCAUUGUGAUUAAAAACAUUUUCAGCGAAUCGAGUACAAGUUCUUCGCAGUA